AUGGAUAAAGCUAUCCAUAAUAAACAGAUGCUAGAGAAACACCGCCAAUUCACCAAGUACCCGUUCACCAUACACCCAUUCAGCAAACUACGUGUCUGGGCUGAGGCGUUCGUUUUCACCACACUCAUCAGUAUGAUAUUGUUCCUGCCGUUAUGGAUCUCCAGCAGAAAGCCUAGAGAUGAAGUGCUCACAAAAACCGCGCUAGAGCUGUUACUGUACCUGUUUACAUAUUUGUCUUGGAACAUGGUGAUCCAAUUCGUGUUCGAGUAUUACAUCGAGGGAAGCUACCAGCCCGUGCACCCGAGGAACAGCUCCUGGAUUACUAUUGCAGACCUGUGGGACAAGCCGGGGGAGGUGCGACUGAUGUAUGGUCUGAUGAGGGCUGUGAACAUGUUAAGAAAGAAUUCGAAUUUACAUCUCCUGGUGUACGACGGGGAAUUCGAAAUAUUUACCACACUUUCCUUCAUUAAUGCCCAAUGCCUAAUUUUACACUGCUCCUUCAAAUACAUGAUAGCUCUGUUCGGUACGCAAUCGUCUAAGGCGAAGUACUAUAUGAUGUUACUGCAGAUCCGGACUUACAUGAACCAGAGACGCUUCCCGCCGUGGAUUAAGAAGAAAAUUCUCAAGUUUUAUGCGAUCCGGUUCAGGUCGCACUUCUUUGUGGAGUCCACCAUGCUAAACUGCGUCACCGGCCAACUGCACGAAGACAUACUUAUGCACACGGGCCGGCAUAUGGUGCGCGACGUGAAGUUCCUCAAACAGUUGCCGUGGGCUGUGCUCAUCGAGAUCUCUCUCAAGUUCCAGAUUGCUAUCUUCAUUGAGGGGGACAUUAUUUACAAGAUUAAUACUAUGGGCGAUUGUAUGUACUUCAUCAACAAGGGCACCGUCGCGUUUUACACGGAAUCUGGCUACGAAUUAGAACACCUUGAGGAUGGCGAUCAUUUCGGCGAGACCACGCUCAUGAGCGAGCGCAAACUGCGCUUUGCCACGGCCGUGGCUGUCACCAACUGCGAGCUGUUUAGUUUGUCGCGCGAGAAUUUUGAAAUUAUCGAGCGAUACAGGACAGCGUACGACGAACUUAGGAAAGUUGGCGUUAAACGACUACAGUGGGCGAUGGUGAUGGACGAACAGUAUAAAGCUCAGUUGAGAGAACAGAUGAAAGACAGAUAUAAUUCAAAUAGCUAA